AAAGACUUUUCCAUGGUCUGAACCAUGGAGAUGUCAAUUUCUUGUGGAAAACAGAACAUUCUGCAAGUCCUGUAUUUUUGUUCUUCUCUCCCACCCCUUUUUCUUUGUGCAGGUCGAAUUAAUUUGAAUAGCUAGUGAAAGGAUUAUGAUAAGCCCUAGAAGUAGACUAUAAUAUGUACACAAAAUUGAACAGAGAGGCCAUGAGAUCUUUAUCUUUUCAUGCAAUCCUGCUGGAAGUGUCAUUGCGAUAAACCUUACCAAUUCCAGUACACAAGGUACGCUGCACGGAAUUUCAUUCUUGUCCUUCCCCAAUCUUGAAUACCUCAACCUUACCCUUCUCUAUCUCUACAAAAAUCUCUUAUUGAGCUCGGUUUGGAUCAGAAUCACUCAAUGGUUGACAGCACGCUUCAAUUGCUAUUUGUAAUCACAUUCACCUUUUUAGCAGCACUUUACAUUCUUGCUGCUAUCUGUACAAUAAUUGUCUUCGUAGUGAAAAGAAAGAAGAAGCAUCAGGAUAAAGGAGAAAAAAGCAUGCAUAAAGAAGUAUCGUUUUCAGUUUUGAAUUUUGAUGGAAAAUCAAUGUAUGAGGAAAUCACAAGGGUGACAGAAGACUUUGAUUCCAUAUAUUGCAUCGGAAGUGGAGGACAAGGAAGCGUAUACAAAGCAAAGUUGUCAUCUACCGUCACAGUGGCUGUGAAGAAACUCCAUCAAUUGUGGGAUGGCGAGAAGAACUUGGAGGAGGGAUUCUUGAAUGAAAUAAGAGCACUGACAGAGAUAAGACACCGGAACAUUGUGAAGCUUUAUGGUUUUUGUUUGCACCACCGGCACUCGUUCUUGGUGUGCGAGUUUCUUGAAAGAGGUAGCUUGGCUAAAAUUUUGAGCAAAGAUGAAGAAGCUAAAGAAGUGGGAUGGAGAAAAAGGGUGAAUAUUGUUAACGGUGUAGCUCAUGCCUUGGCAUAUAUGCACCACGGCGUUGUGCAACCAAUUGUUCACCGGGAUAUAUCAAGCAAGAACAUUUUGUUGGAUUUUGAAUAUGAGACCGUUGUUUCAGACUUUGGCACUACUAAGUUUUUGAAUCGAGACUCAACUAAUUGGACUGCCGUUGCAGGCACGUAUGGAUAUAUUGCACCAGAGCUUGCAUAUACAAUGGAAGUAAAUGAGAAAUGCGAUGUUUAUAGCUUUGGAGUGGUCACAUUUGAAAUAAUUAUGGGAAGGCAUCCCGGAGAUUUUUUCUCAUCAUUCUCAACAAUGCCUUAUUCGUUCUCGUCAUCAUCAUCUGCAUUACCAACCCAUCAAAUGCCAAUUGUGGAUGUUCUGGACCAACGCAUUUCGCCUCCAACGCAUCAAGAAGCAAGGGAAGUUCUCUCUCUUGUGAAGAUUGCGUUUUCAUGCUUGCAUCCCAGUCCGCAAUCUCGUCCAACAAUGAAACAAGUUUCUCAACUCCUCUCAACUCAGAAGCUGCAUUUGUCAAAGCCAUUACGUAUGAUAACCUGCGGCGAAUUGCUUGCUCUGGAUCCUUUAACUGCAUGAGAAUCAAAGAAAAUGAUGAAUAAAUCUCAAUAUCGGAUGAUUCGAGUUAGCCUGAUUGAGUUGUGCGCUGGAAUUUCGAAGACACGGCGAUAUGUAAAGUUGAAGCAAGUAAAAAUCUGGAGAAGUAUGCUGAAGGAAACAAAAAGAAUACCAGUCAUUACAUUAAUAAUUGGUAGACUAGUAGUACAUAUACAUGCUUUUCCAUGUUCAUGUACAAAACAUUAAGCAAGAGCACAUUUCAUGGAGCAGAUCACCUCCUAGAAAAGAUUCGGCAUGGGAAAGGUGAACCCCAGCAUGAAGUAACUCGGGUGAAAUUUGAUGGCUCUCUUCCCAGCUUUAGCAGCUUCACUACAUGGUUCAUGGCUGCUCUAUCCCUUCACCCACUUCACGCGAACCCAAACAAGAUCCCGUGUUGCAAGU